AUGUCUGCCGCAAAGACCAAGGCUCAGACCCUGAUCAAUGAGAAUGGUGUUGUUGUCUUUUCAAAGUCAUACUGUCCUUACUGCACCGCAACUAAAGAACUCUUGAAGGAACUGGGCGCGAAGUAUCGUGCUGUGGAGUUGGAUCUUCUUGAUGACGGCUCCGCUAUCCAAGACGCCCUUCAGGAACUCACCAGCCAGCGCACCGUGCCUAAUAUCUUCAUCAAACAGAAACAUAUCGGUGGGAACUCCGAUCUGCAGGCUAAGAAGAAGGACCUGCCAGCUUUGUUGAAGGAUGCGGAUGCGUUGCAAGCUCGAUCUAUCUGUUAA